AUUAUAAUGAUAUAUUUAUAUUACAUGUAAUGUUACUAAUAAUAUUGCAAUAUAGUCAUAUAGUACAAUAUAAUAAUAUAUAAUGCUUAUAUUGUGCUGUACUAAUAUUAUAAUAUACAUAUAAUAUUGAUAAUAUUCUGAUGUAUUACAAUAUAAUAAUAAUACACUAUUAUAAUGAUAUAUUUAUAUUAUAUGUAAUGUUACUAAUAAUAUUGCAAUAUAGUCAUAUAGUACAAUAUAAUAAUAUAUAAUGCUUGUAUUGUGCUGUACUAAUAAUAUAAUAUAUUGUAUGUACAGUAGAGUCUCACUUAUCCAACAUAAACGGGCCGGCAGAACGUUGGAUAAUCGAAUAUGUUGGAAACAUUAAGGAAAAGCCUAUUAAACAUCAAAAUAGGUUAUGAUUUUACAAAUUAAGCACCAAAACAUCAUGUUAUAGGUAGGAAGGCACCAUCUGAUCCCUCCUGACAGAUGGCCAUUCAUCCUCACUGUUCUAAUUAGUGAUAUGGAGAAGUAAGGCUUUAGAGGCAUAGAAUCCUACAUUUGGAAGGGAUCCCAGAGGCCAUCUAGUCCAACCCCAGUCUGCCAAGCAAGAAGGACACCAUCAAAGCCCUCCCGACAGGUGGACAUCCAGCUUGUCAUAGAAUUUUAGAGUUUGAAGGGGCCCCGAAGCCCGUCGAGUCCAACCCCAAUCUGCCUGACUGGAAGGAUACUAUCAAAGCCCUCCUGACAGAAGGCCAUCCAAAAAGCACUCUCUCCUGACGUUUCGCCCACAUUACUGACAGGCAUCCUCAGAGGUCGUGAGGUCUGUUGGAAACCAGGCAAGAGGGGUUUAUUAUCUAUCUGUGGGAUGAUGAUGUCCAGGGUGGGAGGAAGAAAGAACUCGUGCAUGUGGGAGGCAAGCGUGAAGCAUUCUCUCCUGAUGUUUCACCCACAACCAUGGAAGGCCGCCUCGGAGGUCCAAUAGUAUUACGGUAGAGUCUCACUUAUCAAACAUAAAUGGCUGGCAGAAUGUUGGAUAAGCAAAUAUCUUGGAUAAUAAGGAGGGAUUGAGGAAAAGCCUAUUAAACAUCAAAUUAGUUUAUGAUUUUACAAAUUAAGCACCAAAUCAUCACGUUAUACAACAAAUUUGACAGAAAAAGUACUUCAAUAUGCAGUAAUACUAUGUAGUAAUGACUGUAUUUACGAAUUUAGCACCAAAACAUCACAAUGUAUUGAAAACAUUGACUACAGAAGCAUUGACUACUAAAAGGUCGACUGCGUUGGAUAAUCUAGAAUGUUGGAUAAGCAAAUGUUGGAUAAGUGAGACUCUACUGAAUUCUGCGCCCAGGCUGGUACAUCCAAUGCUCUGCUAUGUUCCUUUUCUUCUUUUCAUACCUCUAUGUUCCUUUUCUGCAUUGCAGGGGCGCUCUUUACUUUUCAUACCUCUAUGUUCACUUUCUGCAUUGCGGGGGCGCUCUUUGCUUUUCAUACCUCUAUGUUCACUUUCUGCAUUGCGGGGGCGCUCUUUGCUUUUCAUACCUCUAUGUUCACUUUCUGCAUUGCGGGGGCGCUCUUUGCUUUUCAUACCUCUAUGUUCACUUUCCGCAUUGCGGGGGCGCUCUUUACUUUUCAUACCUCUAUGUUCACUUUCUGCAUUGCGGGGGCGCUCUUUACUUUUCAUACCUCUAUGUUCACUUUCUACAUUGCGGGGGCGCUCUUUGCUUUUCAUACCUCUAUGUUCACUUUCUGCAUUGCGGGGGCGCUCUUUACUUUUCAUACGUCUAUGUUCACUAUCCGCAUUGCGGGGGUCUCUUUACUUUUCAUACCUCUAUGUUCACUUUCUGCAUUGCGGGGGCGCUCUUUGCUUUUCAUACCUCUAUGUUCACUUUCUGCAUUGCGGGGGCGCUCUUUACUUUUCAUACCUCUAUGUUCACUUUCUACAUUGCGGGGGCGCUCUUUGCUUUUCAUACCUCUAUGUUCACUUUCUGCAUUGCGGGGGCGCUCUUUACUUUUCAUACCUCUAUGUUCACUUUCUGCAUUGCGGGGGCGCUCUUUGCUUUUCAUACCUCUAUGUUCACUUUCUGCAUUGCGGGGGCGCUCUUGACUUUUCAUACCUCUAUGUUGACUUCUGCAUUGUGGGGGCGCUCUUUGCUUUUCAUACCUCUAUGUUCACUUUCUGCAUUGCGGGGGCGCUCUUUACUUUUCAUACCUCUAUGUUCACUUUCUGCAUUGUGGGGGCGCUCUUCGCUUUUCAUACCUCUAUGUUCACUUUCUGCAUUGCAGGAGCGCUCUUUACUUUUCAUACUUCUAUGUUCCAUUUCCGCAUUGCGGGGGUCUCUUUACUUUUCAUACGUCUAUGUUCACUAUCCGCAUUGCGGGGGUCUCUUUACUUUUCAUACGUCUAUGUUCCAUUUCCGCAUUGCGGGGGCGCUCUUUACUUUUCAUACUUCUAUGUUCUAUUUCCGCAUUGCAGGGGCGCUCUUUACUUUUCAUACCUCUAUGUUCCUCCUAUCCCGCCUUUUCCCCCUCCGCCUCCGCUCUCUUCUCCCAUUGGUUGUUGCUUGGGAGGUCCCGCCCCUUUCCCCUUCCUUCGCUCCCUCAUUGGUCGAAGCGCGUCCUGGCAGAUAUGUAGUGCGGGGGCGUUUCCCAUCGUAGCCGCAAUAAUACAAAAUAAAGAAUUAUAUAAUAUCAGAGAUAUAUAGUCUUCGAGCUUAUUAAUAAUCGUUACGUAUGAUUAUGUUGUUUGAAUAUUAGGUGUAUGGAUGUGUCAGGGUUGGCGACGGAAGGGACGGGUGUGUGAUGGACCUGCCGGGACUUGGGGGCGGGGCAAGGGGCGUGGCCUGGCGCGUGAGGGCCGGGGAAGGGAACAGCCAAGAUGGCGGCCGGGCAAGGAUGGUAAUCGCAAAACAAUGGAAAAGUGAGAAAGCCCCAUCGAAAGAUGCCUGGCUGACCAAAUGGACUGAAAUAAAGGAUAUGGACAAACUUACCUUCUUAAUGAGAAAGAGCAACGGAAGAGCUAUAAGAGCCACGGACUGGUCAAACUUUGAAGACUACCUUGUUACUUCAGAGAAGGGAACCAGCAAGGUUGUAUUCAGAUUUUCUGGGAAGUUGUAGUUUAGGUAAACAUAAUGAAGAUUUUACUGAUUGCAGUACAGUCUCCUUAUCUAUAGAUUUGAUAUGCAUGGUUUUACUUACUGUAGUAAACUCUCCCCUCCAAAGUGUUUGUAGGCCUCUCUAUGUUCUUCACUGCAAUUCUGUGAUAGGUUUCUGGCCCAAAUAUCAGCGAAAUAUAAGGUUUACUUGCAUCCAUGGGGAUCUUAGAAUGGGAGGUAUAUGUAAUAGUUUAACCCUUAAGCUCUUCCUCAUUAAAAAAAUUGCAGGAAAGUCUAGUUAUUUUUCCCCCUCCACAAAUGUCUUGCAGGCAUUACAUUUUUUGUUCAUUGUAAAAUGUAAUACAAUGGUAUAAUUAUCCCCCCCCCUCCCAAGCACAUCUUCUCUGUUGGUUUCUUCUUUUCUGGGUAGGAGAUUUUACUUUUUGGAGCCAACCCGGGAUUUUAUCAGUAUAUUUAUUGUAUGUGACCUCAUUUGUUUUAUGAUUUGUUUUAUUGUUGAUUGACUUGUUUUAUUGAUAUGUUUUUAUAUUGUCUGAUAUCUGGGCUUGGCCCCAUGUAAGCCGCCCCGAGUCCCUUCGGGGAGAUGGGGCGGGGUAUAAAACUAAAAUUAUUAUUAUUAUUACCUUAAGAAAAGAUGAUAAGAACUAUCUAAUGGGAACAUAAAUGAUUAGUGACAAAGAUCGGAAGUCAAACCCCCCCCCCCCCCCCCCCAUUGCUAGUGUAUAUCCCUUCUCACAAUCCCUAAUCCAGACACACUUGCCCGGCCCCUGCCCUCCCUUCCCUGUUCCCCUGCCGUAUGUUGUCUUAUGUUUUAUGUUUGAUGUUUUAAAAGAAACUUCUCAAUAAAAAUGAUACAAAAAAAUAAAAAAAAUAAACUUAACCAAACCUGACUGUUUAAACAAAAUCAAAUAAAUGUGUCAUCCAUAAAUCAAAAUAAAAACACACACUUCUUUACACCAACUUUGGUUGCAAAUGUAUGCAAUUUCCUUGAGAAACCUCUUCCUUCCUUCCCAGGCACCAUUUCUUAAACCCAGAAAGGGAAAACACACGUAGGAGCCGCCUGAAUUCUCACUUGUCUGUCCUUACGGCUGAGUUACAACUCGCUGAGCUUGUUUUGAUUCUGUUACUAUACAAAACGGUGGCUCCCAUCAUGAAAUCAAUAAAGUUUAUUAUUUCACAACG